ACAGUGUCUUCUCGAUCUUGCGCACUCUCCUCAGAUCCUUUCCCUUUUUCCUCCAAAGGUUUUUUGUCUAUAUCCAUGGAAUAACUGAACAGGAAAACGACUGAACGACAAGGUGUCUUGUUUUUUUCCACCGCCUGUAACUGACAGGCGGUUUAGUGUUGGCUCUUCUCCGGAGAAUGCUCAAUGAUCGAUGGGGAAUCAUGAACAGCUCACCGGAACUCGAAGACGGACAGCGGGGCAAAAAUCAGACAUUCUGUGAAUGUGUGCCCAACUCCUCUCAGCUCAAACAUCGCUGGUCAGACUCAAACACAGUCAGACAAACACCGCCCAAGAGGAUGAGUUGUAGCUAUCUGCUAUGUACCAUCCUACUCUUCGUGGCCGUUCUGCUCGCAGUCACAGUGACUGGAACCAUUCUUCUUAUGAACCACUACCAGGCUCCCCCCAUGUCGGAUGGUCCGCCCCAUAUUAGCACCAAUCAGGACGAAGCCAAUGCGUUGGUGACAGUCGAGAGAGGUGAUGGAUCACGCAUUAAUAUCUUCAUCGACCCCAACUGCCCUGAUUAUAACAGUAACUUCUUGCGGCUGGAAGGCGUGCAGACAUCUUUGCUGCACUCGCUCACCGACCAUGAUACGGAUCUUAAGUCCGUCAAAGGUCAGGAUCGAGCGCUAUUGGUCAACUUGGCAGAGGAAGUUGCUAAGCUGUCAGCCCAUGCGGGCCAGCUGAAGAUGGACUAUGAGUCUCUUAGACGAGGACAAGGCAACCUGGGACAGGACCUGAACACACUGCAAACUGAACAGAACAGACUUAUACAGCUGCUGUCCGAGAGCCAGAUUAACAUGGUGAAGGUUGUCAACUCUGUGAGCGAUGCUCUGAAUGCCAUGCAGAAGGAAACGGGAGGUCUGAAGGCCAGGGUGAAGGCUGACCUGCAGAGGGCACCAGUCAGAGGAGUUCGCCUUAAAGGCUGUGCUAAUGGCUCUCGACCACGGGACUGUAGUGAUAUAUAUGCUAGCGGUCAGAGGGAAGAUGGCAUCUACUCUGUUUUUCCCACUCAUUACCCUGCCGGCUUUCAGGUCUACUGUGAUAUGAGCACGGAUGGAGGUGGAUGGACGGUGAUCCAGCGCAGGGAGGAUGGGUCUGUGAACUUCUUCAGGGAGUGGGACUCCUACAGAGAAGGAUUUGGCAAAAUCACUGGAGAGUACUGGCUUGGUAAGUUGUGUCUGUGUAUGUGA